AUGGGGAUUCCAGUAGCAGGGUAUUUCGGGCAGUUAUAUGGAGGUAAAGGAAGAAGUAGCGAGUGUCAACAAGAGGUCGAUUCAGGUGGAAGAUUAUGUAGAUUGAAUCAACAGCCUCAAAAAUCAACGGAGGAGAUAAAAUCAUGGAAUCGGCGGGAAUCCCAAUCUGGAGAAGAGGAAGACAGAAGCCCACUAUGGGAGUUUAGCAGAAGUUUAUGUGUGGGAUUAGAGAUUUGGGGUGGAAAUCUAAGACAGAGGUCAGGCCAGGGGAACGUAUAUGGCAUGGGCCAGUGUACGCCCGGGAGGACGGGUUACGGGCAGACAGGGGACUAUCGGAGGAGCGGAUGCGUAGUCGACGCCAGCACCUUGAGUUGGGGCAGUUUAGGUGGGCGUCAGAAGUUAUUUUAUAGUCAGGGAACCCACAGGACCCUGGCUAUAUGUAUGGAUAUAGUAUCUAUGAUAAUCCGGAUCUUUAAACUAAGAAAGCAGGAAAGGCAGAAGAGAGAAACACUAGACAAGGCGAACGCGUGUGAUACCUUCUACAGGGAAUUAAGCGAUUGGGGAGGACCACUGGUUGCACGUAAGAUCAUGAAGCAGUGGUUUGUGGGAGGGAAUGAGGAUCCAGGCGUCACUGCUGACUUCACACUUUCUGGGAGGGACUUAUAUGAGAUUAUAAGUGAGUUUAUGUUUGGUGAUGGGAGGGGAGAUAAGGGAUUAAUUUGUGACUAUGUGUCGACCCUCCUCCAGUCAAGGAAGCAGAAGGAGGAGGCGUAUACGACGCGUUGGGGCACCGACGCAACUGUGAGUAGCUGCAAAACAGGAGAGGGAUUAUGUGAUCGUCCUCUACUCCCUGCCAUACCAUCGGAGGAACCCUCUGUAGAGAUGAACAGCAAUGGAGCCUUAAAUGGCGAAAGGAGUGAGGGAUUCAACAAGGGGGUUGCGGCAGGGACAGGUAGUGGACCCCAAGGGGCAGGCCAGGCCCUCAAUCCGGCCCCGCAGGGGAAGGACGGGGCAGUGUAUGACGGGGCCAUUAGUUCGCAUGAGGCAGAGGCGCUCGUAGGAAGUGUCCAUGGAAUGGGGGCGGUGGUAGGGGGAAUUGUGGCCCUACUGAUGAUGGGAGGUUCAAUAUAUGGUUAUUACCGUAUAGCAAGUGGAUUAACGAGUCUAGGAGUCCUGCGGAGGACAGGGAGGGGCAGAUCCAUACGGUUCGGGUAUCGUUAA